AUGAAGUCUAAUGCGGUUGUUUUUGUUUACUUGCAGGAAAUGGUUUACAUUGCAUCUGUUUAUGGAGAAUGGGUGAUAAAGGACAAUUUGUCUUGGCAUUUUGAGGUUGAUUAUCGGAAAGGAGGUAGAAUGUUCUCGUUGAGGGAUGGAUGUACACAUGAUGAGCUCAUUCAAAUGGCUUUAGAGGAUUAUUCGCUAACCAAGAUCGGACACCGUUUGGAAAUAUCAUAUCCAUUACCAGAAGUGUUCACUCAGCAAACGUGUAAUGAUUCUCCGCCCAUGAAGGAUGAAGACAACGUAGAUGGACCUUUGGAUGAAGACUUAGAUGAAAAUCUGGAUGAUGAGUUGAAGGAAGAGUUCGAUGAAGAGUUGGAUGAAGAUUGGAGCGCAGAACGAGAAGAAGUGUCUGAAGAGUCGGGUUGUGAUGAGGAUGAUGUAAGGGAAAAAGCUUAUGAAGGCGAUGAUGACACACACGCGGACUACAGUCAGUAUGGGAAAAUUAAAGAUGAAGACGUUGUCAUUGAUGUUCCUUUCGAUGAUCCCCGCCUUUUAGGGCGUGGUGUGGGUCAUCGUAUAGGAAUUGAUAAUUGGGAAGACAAUAUUUACGAGCACCAGAGCUUUGAUACCAAGGCCCAACUUAUCUCUGAGUUGCGUUUGACCGCGGUGAUGACAAGAUUCUCAUUCAGGAUAGCUGCGUCUACAAGAAAAGUGUUUGUGGCCAAAUGCAAAGUCGCUGGAUGCAAAUGGAGGCUUAGAGCGGCCGUAAAGAACGAACCCUCCACGUUUUGGGUGACAAAGUACGUGAAGUCGCAUACAUGUUCUGUUUCUGAUCGAGUACGUAACCAUAAACGUUGUACAACGAAGUAUAUUGGAAAGCUUUUUCUUGAUCGGACAGGGCUCAUUGAAGGAAUUGUGCCGCAACACAUAAGAGACUCUAUGAGGAGGAUGUUUGGAAUGAAGCUCGACUAUACGGCUUCAUAUAGAGCUUUGAAACAUGCCCAAGACUUGGUGUGGGGAACAGCUGAAGAAGGAUACGCGAAUCUGCCUUCUUACUUGCAAAGAAUCAAGGAUGCAAAUCCGGGAACUGUGACUGACCUUGUCUGUGACUCACAGGACCGUUUUAAGUACUGCUUUCUAUCACUCGCCGGUUCUAUAUCUGGUUUUCAGUAUUUGAGGAGAGUGAUUGUGGUUGAUGGGACUCAUCUUACUGGGAAAUACGGAGGAGCUCUACUCGUGGCUGCCGGACAAGACGCCAACUUUCAAAUAUUCCCGCUAGCUUUCGCAGUGGUCGAUGCUGAGGAUAGUGAAUCAUGGGAAUGGUUUUUCAACAAGCUUAGAGAUUGUUUCAGGCAAUUUCCGCCAAUGGCGAUAGUCUCUGACCGUGCCGCUGCCAUAGCUAGAGCCAUUGGAAUCGUUAUGCCCUGGGCAUCAAGAGGAAUAUGCUACUAUCACCUCCAAGGUAAUAUAGUAAAGGACUUCCACGCAAAGGAGAUAAUGUAUAUGGUUAAAGGUGCAGCCUACGCCCAUACGGUGCCUGAAUACGACCGUGAUAGAUACAAUAUAAAGACGAGCAACAUCGCAGAAUCUAUUAACUCGGCUGUCAAGAAAGCAAAAGGAUUACCUAUUCCUCGUCUUUUGGAGUUUAUUAGGGAGAAGCUCGGGAGAUGGUUUAGCAAGAGGCGGGAGGAUGCACUGAGUCUCACAACCAGACACAGCAGAGGUGUUGAGUACAUAUUGGCCAUACGGUCUUACUAUGCGGGAAGUAUGAUCGUAGAUCGCAUAGACGCUUGGCGCUUUCAUGUUAAAGGCGGGAGACGAGAUUGUAAUGUCGACUUGGAGAAUCGAACAUGCUCGUGCGGUGUGUAUAACGUUGAAAAAAUCCCUUGCUCUCAUGUUAUUGCAGCUGCAGCCGAAGCUAACGUCGACAUGUCCUAUUACGUAUGCGCCACUCAUUCGACGCCUUCCUUGUUCUCAACAUAUGCACAUCCGAUUUACCCCAAAGAGGGAACUGACUCCCACGUGAAGCCUGUUCGCUGUUUGCCUCCAGGGGAGAGUGUCCCUUCUGGAAGGCCGAAGAAGUCGAGGUGGCAAACUUGGCUAGAGAUGUCUAGGAAGAAAAACACAAAACCGAGGAAAACGCAUAAGAAGUACAGCUGCUCUAAGUGCAAGGAACCUGGUCAUACUCGCCCCAAUUGUGUCGCUGAAGACUGA